UGUGCCAUAUCAUAUAGCAAGAUAUGUUUUGUUGGAUUAUGCUUGCUACCUGUGCCGGCGUUUGUGAUUUAUUGUCGAAAACUCUUCUAUAAUGCUCCUUCCAUAUGUUCCAUACUGCAUAGAUAACAAGCUGUGUGCGUCUUGUAUCAUCUCCCUGCCCAUUCAUGCCCAUUCUUGGUUCUCUUUUCGUUACGCAGAAGACAGGCACAUGAAUGAAUGAUACUCCUCCAUUUCAAAUUAUAAGAAGUUUUGUUUUUUUAAUACCUGAAUUUUUAGACAUAUAAUAUAUCUAUAUACUAGAUAUACAGUAAUCUAGAAAAGUCAUGUAAAAACAAUAAUAAUAUCUAGAAAAGUUAAAACGUUUUAUAAUUGGGCUCACGACAAGGAGGUCAGCGGCCCGCCAACGAACUGCAACCCCGCUUUAGCUCGUGCUCGGAUGGGCUUCCAUUAAGCCCACCAAGUCCUUGUCUCCACUGGCCCUUUCUUCUUCUUCGAUUCUUCCUCUUCCCUCCGCCUGCCGCGCCGUCAAGCAACGCCGCCGCCCGUCCCCAUGGACACCACACCUUUCACCUCCGCCUCCGUCUCGCCGGCGGCCGCAUCCGGCCCCGCUCCCGACCCGGAAUCAGCUCUUGUCUCGGCUGUGGCUGACGCGCUUGUCUCCGCCUCCCGCCAGCCCUCGCCGCCGCCCAUGGACACCCUCCUGGCCCCGUACCUCCCGCGCCUCUCCCCCUCGCACCACCCGCAAGUGAUCGCCCUUGCCGCCGCCAACCCAGCGCUCGCCUCUCCGCACACUCUCCUCUCCUACCGCCGCCUCGUCUCCCCGCCGUCCUGCCUCCCCUCCCUACUCCCGCUCCUCCCCAUGCUCCCCUACCGCAACCUCCUCCCGCUCCUCCUCGACUUCGUCCCGCUCGACCCGCUGCGCCACCUCCACCGCCACCUCCUCGCCAGCCUCCCCACGAGUGCGCUCGCUGACGCCGCGCUCUCCGCCUACGCCCGCCUACGCCUCCCCCACCUCGCUGCACAACUCCUCCACUCAUUUCGCCGCCGCGGGCACGUCCGCCCCUCCCUCCAGGCAGCCAACGCCGUGCUCUCCGCACUCGCGCGCAGUCCGUCCACCUCGCCGCAGGCCUCUCUUGAUGUCUUCCGCUCCCUCAUCGCGCUGCGGCUCCACCCCAAUCACUACACCUUCAACCUCCUGGUGCACACCCACUGCUCCAAGGGCACCCUCGCCGACGCCCUUUCCACGCUCUCCACAAUGCAGGGUUUCGGCCUCUCCCCCGACGUCGUCACCUACAACACCCUCCUCAAGGCUCAUUGUCGCAAGGGCAUGCUCGGUGAGGCGCGGACCCUGCUGGCUAGGAUGAAGAAGGAGGGUAUUGCGCCCACCAGGGCCACCUAUAAUACCCUCGUUUCAGCGUACGCGAGGCUUGGGUGGAUCAAGCAGGCGACCAAUGUCGUGGAGGCCAUGACAGCAUUCGGUUUUGAGCCUGACCUGUGGACAUACAAUGUGCUCGCUGCAGGGCUGUGCCAGGCAGGGAAGGUGGACGAGGCAUUUAAGCUGAAGGAUGAGAUGGAGCAUCUCAGCAUAGUAUCGCCUGACGUAGUCACCUACAAUACGCUUGUCGAUGCAUGCUUCAAGUAUCAGCGCUCUUCUGAUGCACUGAAUCUGCUCGAGGAAAUGCGUGACAAAGGGGUGAAGUCAAGUUUGGUCACACAUAACAUUGUUGUGAAGGGGCUCUGCAGGGAGGGGCAAUUGGAAGAGGCGUUGGGGCGUCUGAAAAUGAUGACAGAGGAGGGAUUGGCACCAGAUGUGAUUACAUACAAUACAUUGAUUGAUGCAUACUGCAAAGCCAGGAAUGUUGCCAAAGCAUUUGUGUUGAUGGAUGAGAUGGUGAGGAGUGGACUCAAAAUGGACACUUUCACCCUAAACACUUUGCUAUAUAACCUAUGCAAAGAGAAGCGUUAUGAAGAGGCUGAAGAGCUCUUGCGUUCACCGCCGCAGAGGGGUUUUGUACCUGAUGAAGUCAGCUAUGGUACAGUGAUGGCAGCCUACUUUAAGGAGAAUAAACCAGAGCCUGCUCUGUAUCUGUGGGAUGAAAUGUCUAAGAGGAAGUUAACACCAAGUAUUUAUACUUACAACACAUUGAUCAAAGGGCUUUGUACAAUAGGGAAGUUGACAGAGGCGAUUGACAAAUUGAAUGAGCUGAUGAAGAAGGGGUUGGUACCAGACGACACUACCUACAAUAUCAUCAUUCAUGCUUACUGUAAGGAAGGGGACUUGGAGAAAGCUUUCCAGUUCCACAACAAGAUGCUGGAGAAUUAUUUUAAGCCAGAUGUUGUUACCUGCAACACUUUAAUGAAUGGGCUUUGUCUGCAUGGCAAGCUUGAGAAAGCGAUCAAGCUUUUUGAGUCAUGGGCAGAGAAAGGGAAGAAGGUUGAUGUUAUCACAUAUAACACCUUAAUUCAAGCUUUGUGCAAAGACGGAGAUGUUGAUACAGCUUUGCAUUUCUUUGCUGACAUGGAGGCCAGAGGCUUGCAACCUGAUGCAUUUACAUACAAUGUUGUGUUGUCUGCACUAUCUGAGGCAGGGAGAUCAGAGGAAGCACAGAAUAUGCUCCAUAAAUUAGAUGAGAGUGGGAAAUUAUCUGAAAGAUUUUCUUAUCCUUUAAUUAAAUCUUCUGCGGAGGAAGUGAAGACAGGGAAGGACCCAGAGGUUAAAUCUGACUGUGAAUCUGGUGGAAAUGCAAAAGGUGGUGAUCAGGAGAGCUAUAAUAAAUCUGUAAAGGAACUCUGCGUUGGUGGGCAACUGAAAGAAGCUAAGGCUGUUUUGGAUGAGAUGAUGCAAAAGGGCAUGUCUGUUGACAGUUCAACCUAUAUCACUUUGAUGGAAGGCCUUAUCAAAAGGCAAAAGAGGCAAACACAUGCAGCUGGAUAGGAUAUGAUGGGUUUGCUGCUGUGGUAUGUGACAUAGUCCAUGGUUUUGCCAUAACUUAUCAGUUGGUCAUAUACUGACUAGGCAUAUUAGCUGGUCCUUGGAUUAUAUUAAAUGUAAGAAUAACAGUAGCAACAAUUCGAAUUUGGAAAUUUGCUAAAAUUUAGCAUGCCCCUCAAAAUAUAUUCUUUAAACACUUCUCACGUGAUGUUGUAUGUUGGCCCUUACAAUCCAAGCUCAGGUAAGCUGCUAAGCUUCCCUCACUUACACCAGCAGCUAGAGGUAGAAGAAAACACCCUGGAGCUCAGCACACACACUGUGUUCCUUCCAAACAUGAUACAGGCACAUAAUGAGAAUAAGUGGUAAAUUAAGAAAUGGUAAGCAUGGUAAAGGAUACCUUCAUAAGAGGGUAGCUGAACUGCUGAAGUAAUCAGUAAAAGAGUUCGAUAGCUUCUCAAUGAAACACUUAUUCAUGCAGCUGCUGCACUUGAUCCUCAAGAAUCAUACAGGUCAAACCAUGCAGAAAGGUCAACUUCUCAAUUUUCUGUAACCAUGGCAAUCAAACUCAAUGUCAGAAGCAGCAGCUGCGAUUGACCAAUUUUCUCGGUUCAUUGAAAAGAGAGGGUUAUUUGGAGAUCGAGAAGCUCGGUGGUCAGCACUAAAUGGCAAAACCAGCACAGUUCGCUUAACUGAAACCAGGACAAUGCUUUUUGGAGAAGCUCGGUGGCAAGCAGACUACUCUCUUAGCUCUGCUUCCGAUGUUGACUAGUUGGCCAUUCAUCGCCCAUUUGGUUAGCAGCACUUUUGAUGCCCCUUGGGCAUUCGCCCUAUGUAGGUGUACAUAGGUUGCCUAUUCUUUGUGGUUAGAGAGUUAUUUUUUUUAACUUAUUUUAUUUGGUACUGCUGAAACAUUUUGCUACAUCAAACAGACAAUAGUGAAUUAUACUCAAUAAUAUGACUACUUAUUGUCAUUCUUUGGUUU